CCUUUUUGUAUAGGUGAUAAAUGGUUUCUGCAAGGUUAUCACUGUCAUUCGACCUCACACGUCAUUCGCCACCGAAAGAAACAACCUCACUGGAGCCAAACCUCUUUCUCUCUACCCUGUGUUUUUCAUUUUGAAAUCCACCGGAUCUACAAAAAUCCGCAAAUACCAUUCAGACGACAAACAAACCCUAAUUUCCCCUCUGUCUCUCUCGAUAUCGGUCGUUUUGAUUCGAAUCGAGAGGUUGUGGUACGAUGGGCGAUUUCAAUCUCGCUCUCGUGAUCGUCGCUAUAGUGGUGUGCGUCUUGGUGUUCAUCUUCAAUGUAUACCUCCUCGUCAACUACCAGCACCCUGACGACAAGAACCAGGCUUACUUCCCUAAAUUCGUCGUUGUUUUUGGGCUUUCUGUCGCCGCUAUCUCAAUCUUGAUGUUGCCUGCCGAUGUGGCUAAUCGCCAGGCCUGUCGCCACGCGAUAUACAAUGGUGCGUGCAAUCUUACCUUGCCAAUGAAGGAUCUAUGGCUUGCGGUCUACAUUGUCGAUGCUGUUCUUGUCUUCUUCGUAAUCCCCUUCGCCAUGUUCUACUAUGAAGCGGACCAGGACAAGAGCAUUGGGAAGAGGAUUAAAAGUGCAUUAUUGUGGGUGGUAACAACUGCUAUUGUCUGCGGUCUCGUGCUUGGCAUUUCAUAUGGGCUUGUUGGAAAAGUAGAUUUCACUGUUAGGCAUCUCUCGUCAUCCACCGCUAACUUCCCAAAUUCAUGGGAUUACUCUAGCACUCAACAAUGUGUUGGAAAUGGUGCACGCCAGUGCUCUGCAUAUUUGGCGAGUGCUUCUUCAGAGAAAACAUGGACAAUGCGCACUACGUUUCCAGAAUAUGUUGUUGCUCUUGCCACCAUUGUUGGAUCUGUACUUUUUUCGAUUUUCGGUGGUGUUGGAAUUGCUUGUCUGCCUCUGGGUCUUAUUUUUGCAUUCAUUCGGCGUCCAAAGGCUGUUAUCACUCGCUCACAGUAUAUAAAGGAAGCAACUGAGCUUGGUAAAAAAGCUAGGGAACUGAAGAAAGCGGCUGAUGCCCUCCAUCAAGAAGAAAGAAGUGGUUCCAAGGGUAGAAAAUGGCGUAAAAAUGUAAAGGCUGUUGAAAAGGAGCUGCUUCAGUUGGAAGAAGAUGUCAAGCUUUUAGAGGAGAUGUACCCUCAAGGGGAAAAGGCGGAGACUUCUUGGGCUUUGACUGUUCUUGGGUACCUGGCAAAACUUGUGUUGGGGAUCUUAGGGUUGAUUGUUUCAGUGGCUUGGGUUGCACAUAUUGUCAUAUACCUGUUGAUUGACCCACCUCUUUCUGCUUUCUUGAAUGAGGUUUUCAUCAAGCUUGAUGAUGUCUGGGGUCUUUUGGGCACUGCUGCAUUUGCAUUCUUUUGCUUCUACCUUCUGCUUGCCGUGAUUGCCGGUGCCAUGAUGCUUGGUCUGAGAUUAGUUUUUAUUACGAUUCAUCCCAUGAAGUGGGGAGCCACUCUAAUGAACUCAUUUCUCUUCAAUGUGGCACUCAUUCUUCUGUGCUCGAUUAGUGUGAUUCAGUUCUGCUCGACGGCUUUUGGUUACUAUGCACAAGCAACUGCAGCUCAGGAAAUAUUUGGCCACACUCUGCAGUCACUACGUGGCAUUAAAUAUUUAUACAAGUAUAAUGUGUUUCAAAUUGCAUUUAUUGUUCUAGCGGGCUUGACCUUUGUAUAUUACGUUGCCUUUGGAUGGAGAAGAAAAAAACCUAGUGGCAGGUUCCAACUUUCCUCUUAAGUUGUGUAUUUCCUGGAGCAUUCACUUAUGGGGCCGUCAGAAUUCUCAGCCAAGGAUCAGUUUUGGAGUGCUUCAUAUUCGGAUAUCGCCUAGUUUUGUCCAUGUUGCAUGAAGUUCGAGUAGGCUCGUGCCAUCCGAAUUAAGUUGGUUGGGAGUGGUAGUUGAGUGCUGCUGCUGCUGCUGUUGUUUCUGCCUGUUUUCUCCGCUUGUAUGUAUAAUUCUUUGUUUGGUUAAUGUUGUACACUGGCUUGGUACGUAAUUGAGGUGACUUCGGCAACUCAGUUUGUAGCUUCACUUAUUUUCUUUUUGAUGGUAUGUAACUUCCCUUCAUGGAAUGUAAUAUUUGAUGAUUGAAAUUUCAAUGAGCAGCCAUUUUAUGUUCAUGCUUU